GCCGGCAAACCAGUCUGUCGGCACUCGUAAGGAGAGUAGCCUCCCUUAUUACGAUGGCACAAGCGCUUGCAAGAGAUGUACUGUAUAAAACAACAUAUGUUAAGCUCUAAUGGCUGUGAGAUAUUUGAAACUAAUACAUAAUUAUAUACCAAACAAGAAAACAAAAAACCAGGAUACAAGAAUACUGUCUGAUGCGAUGAAGUAUUUUCACGAUGAGAUCUGAAUGACUGCUGAGCACGGAGAUGAAUGUUUGUCCAUGAUGUUGACAUCGUCUGUUCGUGUAACUAAGCUCAGUCGUUGAAGAAGAUGAAAAUUCAUGAAUUAAUUUCAGGUCUAUAUCCAAAUAUGAGGCAUUUACCCCAAGAGAGCUGAGAGUUUCUGUUACUGAUAGAUGUCAUCUGAUGGGCAGCUUCUUACAGUGAAGAUGAGAAGAAGGUAUCUUCUGCAUCAGGGAGAGGCCAUCAUCUUAUCAUCUCUCAUUGUCAAAAGCAGAAUUUCCUGUCAAUUCUGGAUCUACUGCUUUGAGUAAAUUGAGUGUUUGGACAAACAUAUCUGAAAUCACAAGGUCAGAACUACAUGAAAAAGACAGUGACGCAUUUCUGAUUUGGAAGGAGAAGGAAGUUCCAGGGAAGACAGCAAGUCCUUGAUGGAACUGGAUGGUUUACAACAAUUUCAAGAAUAAACAGACAACCACUUGACUUCAGCUACAAGAACUACAAACUGUGAUGAUUUUCUAAGGAAUGAAAGUGUGCCGCAGACAGGGAAAGAUGUGUUGAAGAAAGAUGAUACGUUAGAUUGGAUAACAGAAAAUGAUGACAGUCAGAAAGGUUGUCUUGUUUAGAGUAGAUGCUCAACCACCACAGGACCGUAUCACAACAGUUGUUGUCAUGACAACACAGGGGAUGAACUGGGUUCUGAAAUGAAUGUGACUAUGGCAGGCUGUGUUGACAUGGAUGUUCUUCCUCUGUGUGAGACACCAGUGGGAGAAGAGACAUUGGAUAAACAUGGUGACAAUAUCAUACAGAAUUCUGUGUCUGGUCAAGCAGAUUUGGUUGCUAGGGAUGUGCUGGAGUUCAUGAAGCAUGGUGACUCUCUUAGAAGUUGUGAUUGUGGUGAUCAGGCUUCUUUAGGAACUCAUAAACCAGACACAGGACCAUGUGGUCCUCUUCUACCCAACUGCAGUGUGAUGCAGAAGGAAGAGGAGGCUGAUGAUGGUAGUGCUUGGGGUCAGGGAAUGGAGAUUGUGACCAGUAUUGGUGAUGAGUUCUGUUCAGGUCAAGUACAAGCAAUAAGACAUCUAGAAGACUCUGAAAGAAAUGUAACAGAUGUGUUCAGUCAGAAGGAACAUAUCAGAGAAGCUGCAGAAGCUACUGAAGGAGGUGUCACAGACAUGUCUAGUCAGAAGGAAGAUAUCAGGGAAGCUGUAGAAGCUACUGAAGGAGGUUUCACAGACGUGUCUAGUCAGAAGGAGGAAGAUAUCAGGGAAGCUGUAGAAGCUUCUGAAGGAGAUGUCACAGACGUGUCUAGUCAGAAGGAGGAAGAUAUCAGGGAAGCUGUAGAAGCUACUGAAGGAGAUGUCACAGAUGUGUCUAGUCAGAAGGAGGAAGAUAUCAGAGAAGCUGUAGAAGCUACUGAAGGAGGUGUCACAGACAUGUCUAGUCAGAAGGAAGAUAUCAGAGAAGCUGUAGAAGCUUCUGAAGGAGGUGUCACAGACAUGUCUAGUCAGAAGGAGGAAGAUAUCAGAGAAGCUGUAGAAGCUACUGAAGGAGUUAUGGAGGACAUGUUAUCUCAGAAAAAGGAAGGCAGUGAUAUUCUUGAUAUUGACUGCACCGAACAUGCUGAAUCAGACAAAGUUACGGUCAGAGAAAGUGACGAGCUUUAUGGUGCAAAUCACAUCCACAUAGCAGAAGUGGAACCUGCCAGUAAAGUACAAGUUGGCUGUAAUGAGAAAGUGUUCAGUCAGAACAAGAAUGAUGAAACUGUUCCAGGAGUAUGUGUUUUGAAGGAAGGUGUUGGAGCGAAAGCCAAGGAAGACAUCACUGACUUUCCUGAACCAACCGGAGAAAAUAAGGUUACUGAGACUGCAUUUGUUCCACCUGUCUGUUGUGGAUUUGGUAGCACUGGUAACCAUGGUCAAACAGAAAAUAGUGAGGAGGUUACACCCGUCAACGAAGAUGUUGAAUACUGUAAAGAUGUACAACAAUGUCUUAUUCCUCAGCAACCUGCAGGAGGAUGUCCAACAGACACACAUUCUGAAGGUGUUCCUGCUGUAUCUGGUGUUGUUGGAGCUUGGUCUGACCAGCAAGGCCAGGACAAGAGUGCAGUUGCUGAAGAAAAGACUAGUGUAGUGGGUGAAUCCCAUGAACAUUCAUUUAACACUGGGAAACAGAUUCUGAUGGUCUCUUCACUUGAUUCAGAUUGUGUUUUAAUGACUGAUGAUGAGUGUGUAGCAGAUCAGAUAUGUGAAGAUGGGUUGGAGAUUUGCAAUACUGAAUGUAGCGUGAAACCUUUCACUUGUGAUGCUGAUGGUGAUGACUGUGCAGGUGGUGGAGAAGAUGCAACAUCAACAGAGUCCGUCAGCAAUGAGACAGAUUGUGUCGGGGUGCCUGUUGGGGCUCCUGCAGCUCCACCUGGAGACCUGGGUUAUGUUCCUGUUGUGUGUGGAGACAGACAGCCACAUUUUGAUCUUUCUGAUACAUUUAACAUGUUUGCAGAGGAGGAACAUUUGGACCAGUUCGUCACAGAAAAUAUUGAUCAGCGUUUCUCCUCACAAGACGUGCCAUCUGUUGUAAAUGUUCGUCAGAACGCAGUAUCAGCCCGAGCCAAGAAGAGGAAGAAGGAGAAGGCCAAGCUUGAGAAGCUGUUGUCCAGAAGCACUACAUCACGUGCAGCCCGUGCCCGCAGAUAUGCUGCGUCCUUUCAGGAACUGCUUGCCAACAAGGCGGAUACGUUCCACCCAGACUUCACAUGCCCAGUGUGCCUGGAUCUAUACCACAAGCCCCACGUAGUGCAUCCUUGCCAGCAUAUGUUCUGUGAGCCGUGCCUCCGCAAACUGCCGUCCUCCGCUCUGGCUGACAACGCUGUGUGUCCUCUGUGUCGGCAGGACAUCCGGGCCUGUGUCAUGGAUGUUGACCUGCACUUACAACUGAGUGAGUACUAUAGUGACAUCUACAUCAAACGAGCCCGGCAGGAGAAGAAACUGAAGACCAAUCAGAAGCCUCUUCCUCGUAUUCAAACCAGGCCACUCAGCCAACAGCUCAUCAGACAUAUCCUCAGUAACCAAUCAAAUCGCAGGACUGACGGGAACGCGUUACACAUGGUGCUGUGUGUGUGCCUCAGUGCUGUAUUGUCCCUGUUGUACGUGUGGAUGAACAUUCCUAUAGAGAUCACCAGUGGACCAUUGAGGAAUGCUGCUGUGUCCAACGUGUGGGUGCAGGCAAUCUGUCUGUUCUGUGCUUUAAUGUGGUUGUUUGCGAAAGGUCUUGGCAAAUUGGCUACAAGAGAAAGAAGGUGACAAAUGAGUUCCGAAGGUUUAUGGACGCAGUGGGCUUGCAUUGUUCUUUGUGUUAUAACACAAAACAUGAUUAAGUCAAUUCUUGAAGAAAAACACAUCAGCAAUGUUUAUGUAUUGGAGUGGAUAUCUAAUGGUUGAUACAAACAAUGUGGGCAUCAAUACACGCUCAGUGACAUUGUUCAAUACAAUUAUGCAAUACAGUUCCUGCUCCUUGUCAGACGGGGCGGUGGGGUAGCCUAAUGGUUAAAGUGUUGGCUCGUCACGCCGAAGACCCGGGUUCGAAUCCCCACAUGGGUACGAUGUGUGAAGCCCAUUUCUGGUGUCCCCCGCCGUGAUGUUGCUGGAAUAUUGCUAAAAGCGGCGUCAAACCAAACUCAGUCAGUCAGUCCUUGUCAGACAAUCUGUAAACACUUGUCCGUUGGUGCUUGUGGCCGAAAUAUAUUACUUGGAUGUCCAAUCAGCGCGAACUGAAUCAGUUGUUAUUUAUUUAUUGAGGUUUGUUUUAACAUGAUGUGUUACAAGAUCAUCAUGUGUUCUUGUUUUCUGCUUUUCACCAGAUGUACAUUAUGACUUGGAGUUCCCUUAGGCUGGUGGAUGAAUACUGGAGCAAGUACUUGGUAAUACUUGGUUGUUAUGGCCUAUUCAUGUUUCAGUGAAUGUAUUUUUGUUAUGAGGUGGAUAUAUUUUUGUAACCUACAUCAACAUGUAUAUGUACUGUUGGGGUAAUAAGAUUAUGUUGGUAUAUAUUUGCAAUAAAGAAAUGCGAAGAUUA